GUCGCGGACGAAGAGGGUGUCAGCUUCCCCCCCCCCCCCCCCCGCGCAGUGUCGUCGUGACGAAGCGCCCGACGAUAUCCCCGGGUCACAGUUGUUCGGGGCCGGGGCGAGGCGUCAUGGCGCGCGCGGCGAUUCUCCUGGCGACCGCCCUCUUCAGUGUGGUGUCGGUUACCGGCUGCCCGCCGUGUCGUCAGGCGGAAUGUCCUGGGGCAACUGGCUGUCAGCAGGGAUUGGUUCUGGAUGCGUGUCGCUGCUGCCUAGUGUGUGCCAAGGGCGCUGGUGCAACGUGCGGCAUGGGACUCGACUGCAGCAGUGCUAGCGAAGAGCAUCUAUAUGCAGAGAACAAGGCUAAAAACAGCAUCACAUCAGAAAAGUUUCCCAAAGCACAGUAUCGUAACAAACAUCUUGAUGAUCUUCCUAAAACUGACAAUGAUACACCAGAAUUCGGCAAAAAGCAAAUACUUGAAAAUGAAUUAAAUGUUGAGAAUUUCCCAAAAAGUAACAAGAAAGAGCACACUUUCAUGAGAAAAUAUACUUCGAGUGUAGUCAACGGUAUGGCUAAAGCCAGAGAUGGUGGACAAAUCCUCAACAGCUUCAAGGACAGAGAACUGAGGGUCAAAGCUGUUAAGUAUGCCAAAAAUACUGUGCAAAAAAUAAUGGAGAGUGCUGCAAGAAGGUUGCAGCAACAAGCAAGCAAACCAGCAUCAAUCCAAAAUGCCAUUUUAAUUUUAGGCAGGAAAGCUUCUGAAAUCACUGGCAAAAAAGUGGAGAGUGAAUACAAUGCCCCAACAGCAAUUGUGAAACACAUCUUGACAAAGAAAGUUCUAUCAGAAAUGGAAAACAGGUUGAAGGGAAAAGAGGAUGCACCAGAAGAACCUAGCAUUACGAAAAACCAAAAAGAAGACUUCUUACAACCUUUAUCUUACGAAGAGCAACACCAAAACAAAAAAACACUACCACGUAUUUUGGGUUCGUACACUGAUAGUCAUAAAACACGAGUCAUUUAUGGUCAAAGGAUGACUAACCCAUCCCUUAUCACUUUCAUUGACUUUUACUACAAAUGCAAGAAGAGAGAUGCUGCAGAUCAUAAUGAGUUUAAUGAGGAAGACCUUGAUGUUGCUCAUUAUGAGGCAUCACGCACCCACAAGACAGAAGCCAAGAUGCUUAAUGCCAUGGAGGAUGGAAUAUCCAUCAGGUCUGGCGUAAUCAACGCCAUGGGCGACAAUGAAGAUGUUGAAGAAGACAACCAAUCAUUUUUACAUAAAAUAGGUGGAAACCUCCUAAGUAAGGGUGUGGGUGCAGUUAAGGGCGGAUACAAUUUGUUAAGAUUUGGGAAAAAAAUGGUGGUAGCUCCCAUCUCAUAUGGAAAGGAAAAAGUUACAAAUAUGAUGUCAAGUGCUGUAUUGCCUUCUUUGUCACUUUUCAACUCUCUAGCAAACAUUGGGAGUCGUAAUUUGUAACAGAUGCUGUUAAAGAGAGACAGUGUAACAUAUAAUGCAUGAUUUCUGCUUGUGGCAUUUAAAUUUUGGUUUGUAGCAUAAAAAUAUAAAAAAAUAUUAAAACAGUGCCAGAGUUUCAUUAAUUUUAAAAAUCUUAUGAUCACCACUAAAAAAUCCAAACCAAUAUGUACAAUUCUGUACAUUUGCAUUGUAUAGUCAUUAAGCCCGAGUGUAAAAAUGAAACACACAGAAA